CCAGCAUGUAUCGCGCGGCCUGGCCCGGCCGGCCCUCCCGCCGCGUUCGGCGCCGGUGCAGAGCGAGCUGGGAGCCGGGGAGGGAGGAAGAGGAGGAGGACAUGGCGCUGAACAGGAACCACUCGGAGGGCGGUGGCGUCAUCGUUAACAACAGCGAGAAUGUUUUGAUGACCUAUGAUCAUGUAGAAAUUACCUUCAGUGAUAUCGAACCUAUGCCAGAUGCAUUCAAAGGGACCAAGAAAGGGAGUGUUUUCUUGACGCCCUACCGAGUUAUUUUUGUGUCGAAGGGAAAGGAUGCUAUGCAGUCUUUUAUGAUGCCCUUUUAUUUGCUGAAAGAUUGUGAAAUUAAGCAGCCUGUCUUUGGAGCAAAUUAUAUCAAGGGCACAGUGAAAGCAGAGGCAGGAGGUGGCUGGGAAGGAUCUGCUACGUUCAAGAUGACUUUCUCAGCUGGAGGUGCAAUUGAGUUUGGCCAGCGGAUGCUGCAGGUGGCAUCACAAGUCUCCAGAGGUGAAAUACCCAAUGGAGCUUAUGGCUAUUCCUGUAUGCCGAAUGGAUCCUACGCUUUUGCACCAGCUGCAGCUAAUGGGGGCUAUCCAUACCCCCCACCUCCUCCUGAGUUUUAUCCUGGCCCUCCUGUGGUGGAUGGAGACAUGGGUUACAUGCAGUUUCCACCUCCGCCAUACCCGGGGCCCAUGGAACCUCCUGUGAGUGGACCAGACCUGCCCACCACUCCCGCAGCUGAAGCGAAGGCUGCAGAAGCCGCUGCCAGUGCUUACUACAGCCCAGUCAACCCACAUAAUGCCUGCAUGCCUCCGGACCAGCCACCCCCUCCUCCGUACUAUCCACCAGAGGACAAGAAAAACCAAUAAGCUAACACAGAACUUCUCCGAAACUCAUUGCUUUCAUUUUGGCAGAAUCUUGGGGCAUAGUCCUUAGCACUGAGGAGCCUCCACCAAGGCACUUAAUUUUCAUGGACUUUAGUGGUAGAUACAUGCAGAGGAAGGGGAGAGAUUUCGGCAGCCUGGGUUCUCUUGUAGAGCUCUGAGGGUUUGCUGUUCUACUGCAGUAUUCCCUUCUCCCUGUGCACCGCAUCACUAGAACUGGAGGUUCUUUUUAUCUGUUUCCCUUAUGUCUGUUUCUUUUUAUUCUUAAAUUAUACCUCUUUAGAGUGAGCAGCUGCUCCAAACUGACAAAGUGCCCAUAACAUGGAAAUGAAGUUUGGGGGUGGGGGUGUCUUGAAUUUACCUUAGUAUGCAGCCAAGAGCAUAUGUGGACAUUCCUCUCAAGAGUAUCAUAUCCAUCUUUCCCCUCUACUACUGAGAAUGGGUUUCAAACGGAACCUUUGGCAUCUCAAAGGAAAUGGACACCUAUUGCAUUUUUCAGAUAACUAUUAAACUUCCUUGGGUUCUUUACAAUUGUAGCAGAUAAUCUGGUAGCCCUCUAAAUUCCUGUGCUGUGCACUGUGUGUGAUGAUGCUGACAAGCUUCCAUUCUUACGAAACAUAAUACUCCUUAGGGGGUUGUUGAGUAGCUAACUAGUUAUAGAUCAUAUGGGAACACUAAUUUUCUCAUGUCUUUAUUUAUCCAUUUAGAUUUGUGGGCUUGAGAUCAAGUCCUGAAUAUUCUCUUUUUCUUUUAUGUAAUACACGUUACACGUUUUGGCCAGUGAAGUACCUUACAGCUGUGAUUUAACUGGUGAAUUAAUACCUAAUGGGGAGAAAAUAGUUUCUUCUGCCUUGGAAGGUCUUGAGAGAAUACACAGAACACUGGGACAAGCUAUUGGGUAGAGCCGAGCUGCUUUUUUGAAUGCUCUUUAGUGCUGUUAGUGUUCCUGCAUCAGCUUUGAAAAUUCUGUCUGGAAACUUGAAAAUGGGCUCAUUAGACUGAGGGUUCAGGCCUUUCCUUUCUGUAGCAUUGAUUCUUCAGUCGCAUUAGCAACGACUCCAGUGUGCAGAACCUCUGCAAGACUGAUCAGAAUCCAGGUUGUGAAACUUUGCAUUAUGCAAAGCUUUGCACAAACCAGACUUCACUGUCUUCUGACAGCUAAGAGAGAAAAUCCUUCCCAGCAAGUGUGAAGAAAGACUGUGCGCUAAGGGAGCUGCUGAGACCUGCUGCAUGCAACCUGCUUGGAGAGAAAAAAAGGUCCACCCCUCAUUUUGUUUGAGUCUAGCUGAUUAAUCAAAUUGCUACUAUCUGUACACUGACUUUUCUAGAAUUGCUAUUGCAGUGAUGUAAAGAAAUGGUUAUUUAAAAAAAAAAAUAAUUAUUUUGAAAAUGUUCGAUUAAUAUAUUGUGAAAUGAGUCUUGAA